UCCGGCAGUUUCUUAAACCAAAAACCCCCUCUUUCAGCAAACUCCGACCAACACCACCGCUUCGUCUAUAUCUUCAGUUUCACAUAUUCAAGUUUUUGUUUGCGAAAAGGAGGUCAAUUUUGAGUUCAUCACAAUCAACACAACCAUCAGAGAACCCAAAACACCUCGUUUGCUCUCUAGAUGUCGAUUUUUGAGUACAAUGGAAGUGCCUUGGUGGCGAUGGUAGGUAAGAAUUGCUUUGCAAUUCUUAGUGAUAGGAGGCUUGGUGUUCAGCUUCAAACUAUUGCUACCGAUUUCCAAUGUAUUUUCAAGAUUCAUGAUAAGCUUUUCCUCGGUCUAUCGGGUCUUGGUUCCGAUGCUCAGACACUUCAUCAGUGGCUUGUGUUUCGCCACAAGCUGUAUCAGCUGAGGGAAGAAAGAGACAUGAGGCCUGAAACUUUUGCUAGCCUUGUCUCUGCUAUGCUGUAUGAGAAAAGGUUUGGUCGUUACUUCUGCCAACCUGUGAUUGCUGGAUUGGGAGAGGAUGACAAGCCAUUUAUUUGCACAAUGGACUCAAUUGGAGCAAAGUGUGGAAGUGUUUAA